CAGUGCUCCGAGUGGAAGGGGCUGACCGCCGGCCUCCGCAGGGUCGCGGGAGCCGCGCGGCGGAUGGGAGGGGCUGGAGCGAAAGUUGCGGGCGCGGGAUCCGGGAUCUGGGGCGAUGGAACCGGGCCCCGCCUUGUCUCCCGGGCCUUCCCGCUCCUUCAAGGAGGAGCUGCUCUGCGCCGUCUGCUACGACCCCUUCCGUGACGCCGUGACUCUGCGCUGCGGCCACAACUUCUGCCGCGGGUGCGUGACCCGCUGCUGGGAGGUGCAGGUGGCGCCCACCUGCCCGGUGUGCAAGGACCGCGCGGCCCCCGCCGACCUGCGCACCAACCACACCCUCAAUAACCUCGUGGAGAAGCUGCUGCGCGAGGAGGCCGAGGGCGCGCGCUGGACCGGCCACCGCUCUCCGCGCCUCUGCCGCCUGCACCGCGGCCAGUUCAGCCUCUUCUGUCUCGACGACAAGGAGCUGCUGUGCUGCUCGUGCCAGGCCGACCCCCGGCACCAGGGGCACCGCGUGCAGCCGGUGAAGGACACUGCCCACGACUUUCGGGCCAAGUGCAGGAACAUGGAACAUGCGCUGCGGGAGAAAGCCAAGGCCUUCUGGGCCAUGCGGCGCUCCUACGAGGCCAUCGCCAAGCACAAUCAGGUGGAGGCUGCCUGGCUGGAAGGGCGAAUCCGGCAGGAGUUUGACAAGCUUCGAGAAUUCUUGAGAGUGGAGGAGCAGGCCAUCCUGGAUGCCAUGGCCGAGGAGGCCAGGCAGAAGCAGCUUCUGGCUGAGGAGAAGAUGAAGCGGCUGGCGGAAGACACAGAGGCCCUGGCCCAUGAGAUUGAGCGGCUGCAGAUGGAGAUGAAGGAGGAUGACGUUUCGUUUCUCAUGAAACACAAGAGCCGAAAACGCCGCCUCUUCUGCACGAUGGAGCCGGAGCCUGUCCAGCCUGGUAUGCUCAUCGACGUUUGCAAGUACCUGGACUCCCUGCAGUACCGAGUCUGGAGGAAGAUGCUCGUGUGUGUCGAAUCUGUGCCUUUCAGCUUUGAUCCCAACACUGCGGCUGGCUGGCUGUCCGUGUCAGACGACCUCACCAGCGUCACCAACCACGGCUACCGGGUCCAGGUAGAGAAUCCGGAGCGCUUCUCGUCGGCGCCCUGCCUGCUGGGCUCCUGCGUCUUGUCGCAGGGCUCGCAUGCCUGGGAGGUGGACCUGGGGGCACUGCCGAGCUGGCGCGUGGGCGUGGUGCGGAUGCGCCAGGACGCGGGUGCCGAGGGCCACUCGCACAGCUGCUACCACGACACGCGCUCGGGCUUCUGGUACGUGUGCCGCACGCAGGGCGUGGACGGCGACCACUGCGUGACCUCGGACCCCGCCACCUCGCCCCUGGUCCCGGCCAUCCCGCGCCGCCUGCGCGUGGAGUUGGAGUGCGAGGAGGGUGAGCUGUCCUUCUACGACGCGGAGCGCCACUGCCACCUGUACACCUUCCACGCCCGCUUCGGGGAGGUGCGGCCCUACUUCUACCUGGGCGGCUCGCGGGGGGACGGGCCCCCCGAGCCGCUGCGCAUCUGCCCCCUGCGCAUCACCGUCAAGGAGGAGCUGGAUGGCUGAAGCCCGCCCUGCCGGAUGCCGCCGGGUCUCGCGCCCCAGUCGCGUUUUCUUUCUGUCUCUUCCCAAAGGCACGCUCGCCUUGGUACCUCUCUGCCUCCCGCCUUCUCGCCAGGAUCUUCCUCCUGGCCAUCCUGUCCUUUCCUGUGGCUCCAGGCCAUGUGCCUCCUCCCUCAUUUUUGGUCCCUUCUCUACCCACCUUUGAAAGUCAUCCAGGAGAUACCUCCCUGAUGAGGCUCUUUCCAAAGUUGUGGCAUCCUCUGGAUGUGAAUUUUCUGAUUCGCAUUCUAAGAUUGCUGGGGAUAAUGUUUGCUUGUAGGAUGGGUCUGUUGAAAAACGUAAGCUUCAUCCCUUUCCAGGAGUGGUGAGGCUAGCAGACUGCAAGAGGACUGCUGUUGAGAAGAGUU